AGAGUGGCUUGUGUGCAGUAGGUGGGUCCUUAAUAAAACUUUGCUCAGCACAUUUGCCAAACUGGUGAUAGAAUUUGGAGUCAGUGUCAGUUUUUCAAAUUCUAAUUUCUGAAGUUGGAAAUCAGGCAAUUAUUUUAAGAUUCUCAUUUUGAGUAGGUAUACAGUUUUCAGUGAAAACGAACUAUGUAUGCCUCUGAGUUUACUGCUUUUACGUAUUUCAAAAGUUAGCUAUUUUAUGUAGCUGAUUGAAAUUUGAUGUAUAUGUUUUAAUGAUAUGGAUUUAAUGAUGGAUUCUUCACAAAAUAUUUAAGCACUGCUUGCUCAGAAACCACACGUUUUAGUUCUCUCUCUUCUUACAAUCCAGAACCUGUAUUUCUAAACUUGUUGUCAAGUCUCUUCUGAUUUAUGGCAACCCCAUGUGUGUUAGAAUAGAACUUUGCUCCAUAGGGUUUUCAGUGGCUGACUUUUUGGAAAUAGAUCACCAAGGCUUUGUACCUCUGGGUAGACUUGAACUGUCAACCUUUGGGUUAGCAGCUGAGUGCGUUAACCAUUUACACCAGCCAGGGAUGCCUAACUUGUUCUAAAUGUGUUUUAUUCUCCCAAGAAUUUUAUUUACUCUCUCUUACACUAUCUAACCUUCAUUUCCCCUCUUUCUUCCAACAGUAUGUACUGAUUUUAAUGAUUAUUUAAUUAAACACAUUCUUGAAGGCCAAAGAACCUUAUUUUGGAAAAUAUUUCAGUGUGAUCAUGUUUUGCGAGAUUAUUGGAGUAGGUUUCAGAAGACUUGAUUAUUUACUAACCAGUUUUGUGACAUUAAUCAACUCAGUCGCAAUGGUUUUUGUGACAUGAGCAAAUCAACUUCUCUUAAUUCUCAGUUUCCUUAUUCAUCAAAUGAAUUGGGUUAGAUCCAAUAAAGUUUUAUUAAGGAUCCACCUACUGCGCGCAAGCCGCUCUUGAUUAGUUACUGUAAAAUGGGGAAAGGAGAAAUUCGAAGGCGUAGAAUUGAAUACUGAUGAACCUCCAAUGGUGUUCAAGGCUCAGCUUUUUGCAUUGACUGGAGUCCAGCCAGCCAGACAGAAAGUUAUGGUGAAAGGAGGAACAUUAAAGGAUGAUGAUUGGGGAAACAUCAAAAUAAAAAAUGGAAUGAACCUACUAAUGAUGGGCUCAGCAGAUGCUCUUCCUGAGGAACCCUCAGCUAAAACCGUCUUCGUAGAAGACAUGACGGAAGAACAGUUAGCAUCUGCUAUGGAAUUACCAUGUGGAUUGACAAACCUUGGUAACACUUGUUACAUGAAUGCUACAGUUCAGUGUAUCCGUUCUGUGCCUGAACUCAAAGAUGCCCUUAAAAGGUAUGCAGGUGCCUUGAGAGCUUCAGGGGAAAUGGCUUCAGCACAGUAUAUUACUGCAGCACUUAGAGAUUUGUUUGAUUCCAUGGAUAAAACUUCUUCUAGUAUUCCACCCAUUAUUCUACUGCAAUUUUUGCACAUGGCAUUCCCACAGUUUGCAGAGAAGGGCGAACAAGGACAGUAUCUUCAACAGGAUGCUAAUGAAUGUUGGGUACAAAUGAUGCGAGUAUUGCAACAGAAAUUGGAAGCCUUAGAGGAUGAUUCUGUUAAAGAGACAGAUUCUUCAUCUGCAUCAGCAGUGACACCUUCUAAAAAGAAAAGUUUAAUUGAUCAGUUCUUCGGUGUUGAGUUUGAAACUACCAUGAAAUGUACAGAAUCUGAAGAAGAAGAAGUCACUAAAGGAAAGGAAAAUCAGCUUCAGCUUAGCUGCUUUAUCAAUCAAGAAGUCAAGUAUCUUUUUACAGGACUUAAACUGCGACUUCAGGAAGAAAUCACCAAACAGUCUCCAACAUUGCAGAGAAAUGCUUUGUACAUCAAAUCUUCCAAGAUCAGCCGGCUGCCUGCUUACUUGACUAUUCAGAUGGUUCGAUUUUUUUAUAAAGAGAAGGAAUCUGUGAAUGCCAAAGUUCUUAAGGAUGUUAAAUUUCCUCUUAUGUUGGAUGUGUAUGAACUAUGUACACCAGAACUUCAAGAGAAAAUGGUCUCUUUUCGGUCAAAAUUCAAGGAUCUAGAAGAUAAAAAAGUGAAUCAGCAACCAAAGAUAAGUGACAAAAAAACUAGUCCUCAGAAGGAAGUUAAGUAUGAACCCUUUUCUUUUGCUGAUGAUAUUGGUUCCAAUAACUGUGGAUACUAUGACUUACAAGCAGUGCUAACUCAUCAGGGAAGGUCUAGUUCUUCGGGUCAUUAUGUAUCAUGGGUGAAAAGGAAACAAGAUGAAUGGAUUAAAUUUGAUGAUGAUAAAGUCAGCAUCGUUACACCAGAAGAUAUCUUGCGGCUUUCUGGUGGUGGAGACUGGCAUAUAGCUUAUGUUCUACUCUAUGGGCCUCGCAGAGUUGAAAUAAUGGAAGAGGAAACUGAACAGUAAUCUUCAUUUUAGCUAUUUAUGCUUAGGUGUGAAAUAAAUGUUACUCAUUGAUCAUUUCUGUAAUCCAGAGCUUUAGAGGAAGAUAAUUAGGUGGUUUUAUGUGUUUCCCCUCAUGUGGAACAAGAGACGGUGGAAGAAGAUUUGCAAACCACUCUGUGUAUCAAUGUAAAAAAUUACAGAAAAGAGAAAAUAUCUUUGGACUGUGCUGCCAUGUAUAAGGUAGCAGGAAGACAUUUUUAAAAAAGCUUAUUUCUUGCAUAAUUUUAAAAAAUUCUAAGGUGAAAUGCCUUUCAACCUUCUCCCUGCCUUUCGCAGCCCAAGAUUGAGCUAUCAGAUGUUUAUUGCACACCUAUAACUCUAUUAUUUGUUGUUGUUCUUGCAUGGUUCAAAUCACCAUUUGGUAGCUGCCCAUCCUUUGCCUUAUCUAACAAAAAUUUUGCCAGGAAGGCAGAAAGGAAAAGUGUUCUCUCAUUGUGUAACUCAGUGCUGCUGUCCACAUCCCAUGGAAACAUGGGUACAAUCAAGUAUUUGUCCAGCCCAACUGGCGACUCAGUCUGUUCUGUUGCUGGCUUUUCAUGACUUUAAAAUAAAUUGUGAUCAAUAAUAGUACAUUUGAUUAUACAUUUGUUAUUGUGUCUCUCUCUGAUGUACUAUGGUCUGUACAUUUAACUUUGCGAUGGUUUUGUAGUAAUCAACCUUGAAACAAUGUUGACAAGCUCUGGUUGCUUAUUUUUAGAAAAUGAGGAUCUUUAAUAAAAAAAAAAAAAUAGAGGGAAUAACAGCUUUGACCUCAAGUCUUUUGUCUAUUGAGUGUUGAAGCCUGACUUAAGAGUUUCAGAUAUGUUUAAUACUAUCCAGUUUCUGCAGAUGGUUAGUUUUACCCUGCUGUUAAGCAUCCAGUUAAACAUGUUUGUCAUCUUCUUGGAAACCCUGGUGGCGUAGUGGUUAAGAGCUACAGCUGCUAACCAAAAGGCCGGCAGUUUGAAUCCACCAGGCGCUCCUUGGAAACCGUAUGGGGCAGUUCUACUCUAUCCUGUAGGGUCAGUAUGAGUCGGAAUUGACUCGACGGCAGUGGGUUUGGUUUUUUUAGUUUUGGUCAUCUUUUUUGCCUGCUUGUAAUAUAUUCUGUUUAAAAAGAAAUACCAAGUUGUAAGAGUAAUGGAGCUCUUUGGAUGCUGAAUGCAGUGAUGUUAUUAUCAGUCAUAUUUGUUCCUUGGCUCAGUUGU